ACAAGCCACUUUGCACCGCUAGUCGCUUUUUUGGCACCAAUCGAAUUAAGAAAAUAAUUUGUUAAGAAUAUGUUACUAGCCGUGUAGUGAGACCGCAUCAUGAGUCGUAUCCAGUGGCGUCUUCGUGAGCUUCCAAAGAAUAUAAGUCAAACUAUUCGGUUUCGCAUUCAGUACGGCAAGCAAUGCAUUCGUUCGCUCACCUACAAUCACCAUAUGAACCAGUCGUACGCGUCGGAUGUUUGUAUGGAACCGAUAUUUUGGUUCGUUGACAAUUUCACCCAUCUUCUAGGACCGUUUUUUGUCUUUGCCGUCGUAUGUCUAACAACUGCCGUCGUAACGAUAUGCUACUGGAUCGGGUUGCCGUACUGGUGGAACAGAAAUCGUUACAUGACUGUGUUCUUGCUCGCAGUGGGCCAUUGGUUGCUAUUAAAUGUAGUGUACAAUUUCUAUAAAGCUGCCUCCGUAUCGCCGGGCUAUCCACCGGAGAAGGAAUUGAUUGUGGAAGCGGUUAGCAUAUGCAAAAAGUGUAUAGCACCAAAACCUCCUCGUACACAUCAUUGCUCAGUAUGUAAUAGAUGCGUGCUUCGAAUGGACCAUCACUGUCCAUGGCUUAAUAAUUGUGUCGGCUAUCACAACCAUAGAUAUUUCUUCCUGUACAUGUUGUACACCACAAUUGGCACUCUCUUCAUCAUAUCGUUCGGAUUUGAGCUGGGCUACGGUGUACUGUUUCUCGAUGAAGAUGGCUGGAAGGAAAUGGAACCACUGCAAGGACACCCAGUGCGGUUCAACCUUUCCGGGCACAUAAUUCCAGUGACUGAAAUGAAUGACUACGAACAUGACGGAAUGGCUCCUGCUGAGCAUGACUUACCUAUACCACACCCAAACCACCGGUCGGGUACCAUUCACGGGGCGAUACUGUUUAUGGCGCUGAUAAAUGUGGCCACCCUGUUCGCUCUUGGUUCCCUUACCGCUUGGCACAGCACGCUGAUCACACGUGGUGAAACCAGCAUCGAGGCGCACAUAAACAAAUCGGAAACGAAGCGACUUGCAGCUAUGAACAAAACCUACCGAAAUCCGUACGAUUUCGGAUCGCGCAACAACUGGAAACUGUUCCUGGGUUUAACGCGUAAGCGUACCUGGUGGCGACACAUAAUGCUACCCUCCUCACACAAACCGGAAGGCAAUGGACUGACAUGGUUAACGUACGAACACGCGUUUGAUAGUACUGACGAGUGGCCUUAGACUUAGAGAAAUUUCACAGGCCACAUUUGUUCUUUCCAAACCGGGGUUUGAAAACUAGUCAUCAGCAAACAGUCGACCGCAAAUUCUCAGUACUAUCGUACGUAAAGUUACCGAACGCUUCUGGUAAAUAAAACUCACUUAAACAUUCCUAAGUGUACAAAUGCAACCAGCUGAAGGGUGUAAAGUUAGUUGUGACAUUUUAAACUUUUGUUAAAUUGUAUUUCAUAUUGUAAUAUAGAGUUGCCAAC